UAUCGAGACAGCCUAGCCAUGAACCAGCCGAGCUCCCCAUCAUCAAGAUCCGCGUUCAAACUUUUGGAGCCCGUUUACUCACCUUGACCAUGAAGAGACAAAACGUGAGGACCCUCGCUCUCAUCAUUUGCACGUUCACCUACCUGUUAGUCGGCGCGGCUGUCUUCGAUGCCUUGGAAUCUAAGAAGGAGAAGACCCAGAAGAAGAAAGUGUACGACCGAAAACAAGAGCUUAUGAACACAUACAAUCUGUCUCAACUCAACUUCGAUGAGCUGGAGAGGGUGGUGUUGCAGCUGAAGCCUCACAAAGCCGGGGUACAGUGGAAAUUCGCUGGAUCUUUUUACUUUGCAAUCACGGUGAUCACGACCAUAGGGUACGGCCAUGCAGCCCCAAGCACGGAUGGAGGGAAGGUGUUCUGCAUGCUCUACGCCCUGCUGGGUAUCCCUCUCACCCUGGUCAUGUUCCAGAGCCUGGGCGAGCGCAUCAACACCCUGGUGCGCUACCUGCUGCACCGCCUGAAGAAGUGCCUUGGCAUGCGGCGCACCGAGGUCUCCAUGGUCAACAUGGUGGCCAUUGGCUUCAUCUCCUGCAUGAGCACGCUGUGCAUUGGAGCACUCUCCUUCUCCUACUUCGAGGGAUGGAGCUUCUUCCACGCCUACUACUACUGCUUCAUCACGCUCACCACCAUCGGCUUCGGGGACUACGUGGCACUGCAGAAGGAUCACGCUCUGCAGACCAACCCCAAGUACGUGGCCUUCUGCUUCAUCUACAUUCUCACCGGCCUGACCGUGAUCGGAGCCUUCCUCAACCUGGUCGUGCUGCGCUUCAUGACCAUGAACGCGGAGGACGAGAAGCGGGACGCCGAGCAGCGCGCCAUCCUCUCCCGGAACGGCCAGGUGGGAGGGCACAACCACCUGCGCAGCGCCCCCGACUUGCCCUCCUCCUCCUCAGCUGCCUCAGGGUGUGGUGGGGGAGGAGGGGGAGGCCCAGGAAACAGUGGUAUGGGGGGAGCGGGACGGGGGCUGCGUAACGUGUACGCGGAAGUGCUCCACUUCCAGUCCAUGUGCUCCUGCCUGUGGUACAAAAGCAGGGAGAAGCUACAGUACUCCAUCCCCAUGAUCAUCGCCCGGGACCUGUCCACCUCGGACACAUACAUGGAGCAGGGGGAGGCCUUUUCCUCCGACCCCCUCCACCCCCUUCACUCAAAUGGCUGCGUCUGCAGCAUGCACCACCCCCACUCCACCAUCAGCUCUGUGUCCACGGGCCUACACAGUCUCACCCCAUACAGACUAGGACACAGCAAGCGGCGCAGCUCCAUCUAGAGGCCUGGAGGAUGCAAUGCUUAUAAAACCAAGCCCCACCUCUUGUCUACCACAUGGAAGGACUCUAAUACUCUGGCACUAUUUUAGAAUAUCUAAAUCAGGGGUGCUCAACUAACAGUCCUCAUGGGAUCCCUGUCCUGUGGUGAUUUGAUUUCCCCUGACACUUAACCCCUGAACUAUAUCCUUGCUUUAUUUUCAGCAUCCUUUCACAUUUUGCCGUAUUUAAGGUUGAAGUUGUUGAUCUUCGAUAUUGGGAGAUUGUUUGAAUGAUAAGAGGACGUUACACUGUGAGAGACAUAUUUUAAUGCGAAACAGAGGAUUAUGAAUUUUAAGAAACUGUGCAUAACGAUAAGCCACACCUGAUUUUAUGUUUGGUGAGUGAAGUUAAUAUUUUUCACAAAUAAUAAAGAGAUAUGACGUGUUACUCCCAGUAAUCAUCAAUAAAAACUCCCAGUAGUCAUCAAUAAAAUAAAUGUAAAUAUAUUGAUAAUAUGGAUACCCUAUUUAACCAAUGUACUUACUAGGGAAGAACCUAUUUUUUCUGUUAAAGUAUUCUAAAAACUCAGUCGACUCUGUCUCGUGUCUGUAACUGAAGUUCAGUUUCAAGCCGAAGACUUUUGAUCUGCUUUAGUUACUUACUUUAUCUUACUCUCAAACCUCAAGACCUAUCAUACUUUGUAAAAAGUAUUGUAAUUUUCUUUAUAAUGCUUUUUUUCAUCCAUAUAAUUGUUUUACUAUAUGUUUGUUAUUCAUUUGUUUUGUUUUCAUGAUAGGGUUUAACUCAGUGCAUGUGGGCUCACUGUGUAUACUGUAGUAGACAGUCUAAUCGUAUUUACUGCUGCACUUUAUAACAUUAUUGUAUGCUUUAGGGCACUGGAUACCAGUGCAUUAGAUAUAAUUGAAUAACUGAAUUUAUGCUUACUCACCUGAGUUUUUGGUACCUACAUAAUUUAUUCUUAUAGAUGUCAUGCUCUUACAGUGAGGGAAAAAAGUAUUUGAUCCCCUGCUGAUUUUGUA